ACGUGACCAAGCUACGUGCCCACGCCGACGUACGUGACGUCACCACGGAGGCUUCGCCAGUUUCCUGAAAGGCAGCACUGAAACUGUUAUGGCUGUGUGACAAAUGACUGCAAGCGAAGCGGCGGGCGAGUGAGCGUUUUAGGUAGAAAAUAAGCACCUCAUUUCGGACACUUUUACCCGUCCCUGGACGUCGACCCAGGACGUCGCUGCCUGGCUUCGGCGUUCUUCCGGCAGAAGAGACGGUGAAAGGGAAGCCACCGAGCAGCUAGCCCACUAAAGGCUGCUUGUCUAUCCCUGUGUGGCUGCAAGGAAGGCGGGGAAUACAAAGCGACGUGAUCCGGGACGUCUGUUUUUCAACAUUGUUGGACUCACUGAAGCUCAAACGUGACUUCUUUAAAGUCCCUUCGUGUUGCUGGGACAAUACGACGAGUGUACAUGGAUUAUCUGUGUUUCCGUGCACUGUGCUGUAAAGGACCGCCACCGCCAAGACCCGAGUACGAUGUGGUUUGCAUCGGCCUGAUGGCUGCUGGAAAGACCAGCCUGCUCUCACGCCUCUGCAGCGAGGGCAGCGACAGAAUCGUUCCCACCACUGCAGCACAGUGGAGUGGUGUUAAGUAUGUCCAGAAGAAGAGGCUUUGGGGUUUUAGUAUCAAAGCAGUGCCCUUUCCUAAUGCCAUCCUGAAUGUGAAAGAACUUGGAGGUGCUGACAACAUCAAGAAGUAUUGGUGUCGCUACUACCAGGGGUCACAGGGCGUGGUCUUUGUGUUGGACAGCGCUUCAUCAGACGAGGACCUUGAGGCGGCGCGUGCAGAGCUGCACUCGGCCCUGCAGCACCCGCAGCUCUGCACGCUGCCUUUCCUCAUCCUCGCCAAUCACCAGGACAGGCCCGCUGCAAGGACGCCAAACCAGCGACGACACUGUACACCAAUGACGUUCCUGCCUUCACCUCCUUCUCACAGUCGCUGCCGUGUUGACAGAAGAAGGUGGUGCAUUUCCUCCACAAACAAACUUUGGCCAACACUGUUUUCCGCGGCAUUCCUUGUUUACAGCGUCACAAUCUGGGUGUUUCUGGCACAGCAAGAACCAGGGCUCUCCUAAUACGGCUCUGCAGACCCGUUCAGGCCUCACUGGGGCUCUCUGUGCUGA